AUGGCCUACAGGACGGAUGACCACCUCCUCAAUCAGCGGCGGAUGCACUUCCGGUCGCGUGUUUUCCCAACCACAGUCCAUGAACUUCUUUUCGUCGAAGACUGCGCCCUCAAUGCCACCUCCGAAGGGGACAUGCAAAGGAGCAUGGAUCUCUUCGCCGCCGCCUGUGACUUCUUCGGCCUGAUCAUCAACACGGAGAAGACGGUGUUUAUGCAUUAA